AUGCUCAUCUCUCAUCUAAAGAGUGACAAUCCUUCCCUUCCCGAGGAGGGGCGAAAUGCCGCUGGUUCAAACGUUCCGUUUGUGCCUAGGUGGGAUGAAUCGACAUCCACUGCCAUUAUAACUUCCCCUCCUCUUCUCUUCUGGAUGGUUGCCUCCCAACGAGCACCGCUACUGAGCCACGGAAUUGGAAUGCCUCGGGUUCGUGUGGGCCACUUGCAAAGUGCCCUCAGUACUUCGACAAUGUCAAGCGUGAAGAAGGGAAUCCGACAAAGACACCCGUCUGAAUGGAAUCAGCUAAUCACUGAUAUGAUGGAACCACUCCUCAUCAAAACAGCAGGUGAUACAGCCAAUGAGGAGAUCUUUGAGCCUGAAAAGAUUGUCAACCCUCGAUUGUUCUCCCAGACAGCCUCAGCGUUAUCACGCACGCCUCUCUCCUCCCUCAAGAACCAAUAG